AUGUCUCUCACUCCGAGUCGGAAGCCCUCCUCUGGUCAGCGCAGGCGCUCGAUCGGCACCGGUGGCGGCAGCGCGAAAUAUUCCAUCGACACAUCUAGUACCCAGACGUACCCUGGGCUGGGCCGGGCAGCAGAGGAGACCCUCAUAGCUCGGACGUAUCCCACCACACCCAGGCGUCAGGCAAAGCACACAACCUGCAGUGACAACCAUGGGAUCAGGCCCCCGACCCCGGAGCAGUACCUCACGCCCCUGCAGCAGAAGGAGGUGUGUAUACGACACCUUCGAGCCCGGCUGAGGGAGAAUGUGGAAAGACUCCAGCACAGGGACUGUGAAAUAGACGAGUUGCGGACCCAGCUGUACAGGAUGCAGGAGGACUGGAUCGAGGAGGAGUGCCACCGGGUGGAGGCCCAGCUGGCUCUGAAGGAAGCCCGCAAGGAGAUCCUGCACCUCCAGGAGGUGGUGGAGUCAGGGAGGUCGACCCCCACUGUCCGGGAACCAGACCCCCACGACCACAAGCCAUACUCGGGGCUGCUGGGAGCUCGGCCCUGUGGCAGGUCUCGCUCCUGUGGUUGUUCACCAGCCAGCACUUUGAGCCGCAGCACCCCCCACACCCGCAUGAGCAGCGAGGCUCUGCACCUGGAGCGAAGCCCCAACGCUCCUGAGGCGGGUGGAGCAACUCGCUCAGCGGGACAAACCCACCUCCUCCUGGAGGCGGCCCUCCUGUCAGAGCAGCAGCCGGGGCCCCCGGGCCACGCCCGAGGCCCCCCCCGCUCUUCCACCUAUGAAAGGCUGUGCAGCGGGGGGGCCGUGUUGCCGGUCUCACACUCCUGCCACACGCUCAGCAGCAGCUGCAGGUGCAGCGGACACACCUACCAACCCCACCAUCACCUGUUCCUGCACUUACCACAGGAGGAGGUCCCAGUGACAGCAGUGACUCCUCCAGUCCCAGUCCCAGUCCCAGUCCCAGUCCCAGUCCCAGUCCCAGUCCCAGUCCCUGACCCCUCUCCUUCUCCUUCUCCUGCAGCAGAGAGGAGGCCGGAGGUCCGCUCCCGGGCCUGCAGCCCCACCAUGACCUGGCUGUGUGAGGAGAGCAGUGCAGGAGAACUCAGUGUCAUCUCUCUGCCCACAGCAGACGUCAGCCCCUCAGAACCUCAUCUGUUCCCAUCGUCUCUACCUCCUGCGUCUCCUCCUUCAUUCAGCUUAGAGACGCUACCACGGGAACCACCGGAGGAGGCGGUGAAGACCCCAGCAGAGCCACACACCUGCCAACCCCACCCCACAGCUCCACUGCCAGUGAGGCAGGAGCCCACGGUCCUGGAGAUGGAGGAGGACGACAGGGAGGAAGGUGAAGGAGCGAGAGAGGACGGGCGUUCCCCUCAGCUGUGCCACUGGAGCCGCUACUUCCUGGUGGAUCUGUUGGCCCUGGCGGUGCCGGUGGUCCCCACCAUGGCGUGGCUGUGUCGGGGGGCUCCACGGGAGGUCCUGCCGGUGUAUCACAUCGGCUCGCUGCUCCGAGGCUGCUGCGCCGUGGCCCUCCACUCGCUGCGCCGGCAGGGGGCCGGGAGGGGGGGCCGGCCCACGGACAUGAACGGAACAUCAGCAAUCUGA